GAGAAGAUGAUGGCGACCGCUGAUUAGGAGCGCAAAUAGCAAAAACUGGAGUGCAGAUAGUGCCUUUCCAUUUCAAUCACAUUUUCCACACCUUCGUCCUCGCGAUCUUCUUCAUCACAAUUACCAAAAAUUCCGCUUUUAUUCUUCCUUUUCCACCUCCUCCUAUCCAUAUCUGAAACCCCUAAUUUCAUUCCGUUUGCGCAAUUUUUCCGAGCUACAAUUCAUUUGUUGGGUGUUUCCAUCGCGCCUAACAAACCCUAGAUGUGCAGAAUCGCAGUUUAAUCUCGCUUGCGGAAUAGGUUAUUCGGACGGAGAGGGAGGAUCGGAUGAAGUGAGGGAAGAAUGGGCGCGGCGGGUUCGAAACUGGAGAAGGCAUUGGGGGACCAAUUUCCUGAAGGCGAGCGUUAUUUCGGUCUCGAGAACUUCGGCAACACUUGCUACUGCAACAGCGUGCUUCAGGCUCUUUAUUUUUGUGUUCCGUUUCGUGAGCAGUUAAUAGAAUAUUAUUCCAAUAACAAGAAUCCUGCUGAUGCUGAAGAAAAUCUUCUGACAUGCUUAGCAGACUUGUUUUUGCAGAUAAGCUCACAAAAGAGAAAAACUGGUGUUCUUGCUCCAAAGCGUUUUGUACAGCGACUGAAGAAACAAAAUGAAAUUUUUCGCAGCUAUAUGCACCAGGAUGCCCAUGAAUUCUUGAACUAUUUGCUAAAUGAACUGGUUGACAUACUGGAGAAAGAGGCGCGAGCUGCUAAGAGUGAUCAAGAAAAUUCUCUUAAAGUUGCCAAUGGACCAACAACUAUAUCAUCGAAUGGUCUCAUAAAGGAACCUGUUGUUACCUGGGUGCACAAGAAUUUCCAGGGUAUAUUGACAAAUGAAACAAGGUGUUUGCGUUGUGAGACAGUAACAGCAAGGGAUGAAACAUUUCUUGACUUGAGCCUUGAUAUAGAACAGAACAGUUCAAUUACAAGUUGUUUAAAAAAUUUUAGCUCCACUGAAACCCUGAAUGCCGAGGACAAAUUUUUUUGUGACAAAUGUUGCAGCCUACAAGAAGCUCAAAAGAGAAUGAAGAUCAAAAGGCCACCUCAAAUAUUGGUGAUACAUUUGAAAAGAUUCAAGUACAUUGAACAGCUGGGGCGGUACAAGAAGUUGUCAUACCGUGUUGUCUUCCCACUUGAGCUAAAGCUCAACAAUACGGUCGAGGAUGCAGAUGCUGAGUACUCUUUAUUCGCUGUAGUUGUCCAUGUAGGAAGUGGGCCCAACCAUGGACACUAUGUCAGCCUUGUGAAAAGUCAUAACCAUUGGUUAUUCUUUGAUGACGAAAAUGUAGAGAUCAUAGACGAAUCUGCAGUGCAGACAUUUUUCGGAUCAGCACAAGAGUAUUCUAGUAAUACAGAUCAUGGAUAUAUCUUAUUUUAUGAAAGACUUGACGCUGGCAGAAGCAACACAAGCUGAGAGCAGGAGUUUCCAAUUUUUUGCAGGAGUCAGAUUUUACCUUUUUUUUUAGCACAUUGCAUUCAAGUUUCUUAUUUAUUCAUCUUCUUUCUUGAUCCUUACCAUUCCCUUGCUGCAAUUUGAUGGAAAAUUUACUAAUGUCUAGCAGAUUGAGAUGUAAUGUGGCGAAAUUUAUAUAUUUAGGUUGUCUCGUUGUAUAGGGACAGUAGGAGCGGGAGCGCGAGCGCGCCACCUGCAGUAUUCUGACAAUAAUAGGGGAAGAUUUAAUGUAAAUGGUUAUAUAUUAUGCCUUCUGGAUUUUUUUGUUAGCA